AGUGAAUGUGUGUGUUGGGUACAAGUACGUACGCGCGGCGUGUGUAAAAAUAUCUUUGGUGUGUUGAAUGAAGUAGAAGAAGACGACGACGACGACAAAAAAAAAUAUAUCGUAUUAUUGAAGAUCGGUUGUAGGCUAUUCGGUGUGUGUGGAUGUAUGUGUGCGCCAUUCUUUGUCACUCAUUCGGUUUGCCGUCAAUUCAAAUUUUUUUUUUCUUCCGAAAAAGCAUUCGACUGUGAGUCGUUUGAUUCGCUUCGCUUUUUUUACUCUCUUUCUCUCUGUCUCUCGUUUUCCGAUUCCCGUAUAUACGUAUUAUUUUGGGCUAGCAAUCGUAGUUCGAUGUGCAAGAGACAAAUACGACACUAUUCGCAUCUAGCAUUAUUUUUCGGUCACGGUGUGUAUGUAUGUAAGUGAGUGUCUGCGUUUGUAUCGGUCUGUGUGUGUGUGUGUAUUCGUGUGUUCGCACAACUCCAUUCAAUUUUGAAGCACGACGAAUAGCAAGCAAUGUUCAAUCGAGUAACAUCUGGAAAGUGAAUAACAUCUUUACAACAAAACGCGUAGGUUGAGUGAUUUUAACAUCUUUUCACAUCACUCGUAAAAUAAGAUCAUCUAAGAACAGCGAGAGUCCGGGAUAAGGAUAUAUACCAUUCUAACAACAAAUAUUCUUUGAAAAAAAGAACAAAAAACAGCUUUUUUUUUGCAAACAACCGAAAAAAAACAAAUUUUUUUUUGAGAGAAUAUGGCUGACACCGAAAAGGCACCAGAACAACAACAAGCCCCAGCCAAAACCGAGGGCACCAACAAUGAUAACGCUUCAAAUCCACCAGCAGCGGAAGAGCAAAAGCCCAAGCAAAUCAUUGCCGAAAAAGUAACCGGUACCGUUAAAUGGUUCAAUGUGAAAAGCGGAUAUGGCUUCAUCAAUCGCCAUGAUACAAAAGAGGAUGUGUUUGUUCAUCAAACCGCUAUUGUGAACAACAACCCAAAGAAGGCCGUACGAUCGGUUGGCGACGAAGAAGUCGUUGAGUUUGAUGUCGUUUUGGGCGACAAAGGCAAUGAGGCCGCUAACGUAACUGGCCCAGGCGGUGAACCUGUGCAAGGUAGCCCAUUUGCUCCUGAUAAGAGACGUGGCCGCAUGUACCGUCCACGUCGUCGCACCCAACGCAGCGAUGGUGGCGGUGAAACUGGCGGCGAAGGUGAAGAAGAACUAGGUGAAGGUGGUGAGGAUGGUGACAAAAAGCCACGUCAACGCCGUUUCAGAGGUAACCGCCGUUUCGGAGGUAAUCAAGGAGGUGGCGGUGGACCACGCGGCGGUGGCUUCAGACGCGGACCACGCAGAAGCGAAAACGGAGAUGGAGUGAAUGGUGAUGAAGGUGGUAACACCGAGGGUGAGGAUGGUGCACAAAAUGGUCGUCCAAACCGGAACCCACGUCGUCCACGCAAAUUCAACCAACGAGGAGGACCACGCAAGCCACGUGGCAACAGCGAAAAUGCUGGUGACGGUGGCCCAGUCGAAGGUGGCGAAGGCGAGAAUGGACAAAAAGGUGGCCGACCCCGUGGCAAGCGUUUCAACCGCAAACCAAGAACCAGCGGAUCCAACCAAGACGGUGGUCAAGAAGUACAAAACACUGUCACCGAAAGUACAGCGUAAAUUCUAACAAUUCUUCGCAAAUAAAAAAAACAACAACAAACAAAAGUUGACGCGCUCAAGAGUACCAUCUCUCUAUGAAACAACAACAGCAACAAAAGAAAAGAAAAAACUAAACAGAAAAAAAAAAUUAAAAAAAAAACCAAACACCCACACAUCCAAAGUGUUGAACAUUGUUUUCGAACAAUCGGCCGUGUUUUAAAAACCAUCAAAACCACGAAACGACACACUAAAAAUUUUACAAUAAACCUUAGAUUGUUUUGCAUGGUGUUUUUUUGUAUAUGUAUAUCAUCUUUUUUUAAAAAAUUUACUUUAUUUUUUUUUUUUUGUCAACUUGUAACAACUUGAGAAAUUUUUAAAUAAAAGGAAAUUAUUAUACAUAUAUAAUAAAAA